AAUCGUUUGGAUUUUUGAAUGGCAUGUUUGUUGCCUUUUUGGGCGUUUGGGACACAUUUCCGACCUGUUGCUUUGUAGUUGCUUUGCUGUGGCGUGAAUAUCUUUCUCUCGCUGAUGAUCAACUCCAAAAUCAGGGUGUCUGAGUCUUUCACGCCAUCGCGACCUGAUCGAAUCAAUUGCUGCCAGAGAGCUGAAGCAGUUCUCACACGCAAAGAUGAUGCGUGAAUCGGGCAGAAAGAGACGGGCCCGCGAUAGGGUGUCCGAAGCAGAUCCACCGACAGUCAGCUGCUGCAUGUUCAUUUUAUUCGAGGCGCUGUGUUUCACGCCGUCGGUCAUGUUGCUGGGCUGGGCCGUGUACUAUGCCGGCGGUUUUGCAUGGGAUGGCAGUCACAAGCAGUUCAACUGGCAUCCGUUCUGCAUGUGCCUUGCUAUGGCAACCUUCUUCUCUAAUAGUAUCGUGGCAUACAGGAUAUUUCCUUUCCACCGGCGGACACGCAAGUUCAUCCACGCACUCAUGCACCUGAUGACACUGUUUGUUGCGCUCAUUGGACUCACGGCAGUCUUCCUUAAUCACCAGAGACAGUCAAUACCCCACUUGUAUAGCCUCCACAGCUGGUGCGGCCUAGCUGUUAUCUGCUUAGCUGGCAUGCAGUGGUUGUGUGGAUUACUGACAUUCGUCUUUCCGCUGUUCUCGGCGGGAAAGCGAGCAGACUUCAAGCCCUGGCACGUACGAAUAGGCCAUCUGAUCUUCUUUGGUGCCAUCGCCACCUGCCUGAUAGGAAUCAAUGAAAAGAUGUCCUUUCUAGGAAAUCAUACUCACACGCAUUCCGAUGGCGAAACAAUUCUCUCAGACCUGACAGCGAAGCAUCACAAGCCCGCCAUGCGCUAUAGUGACCUGCCCAACGAGGCAGUGCUGUGUAACGUCAUCGGCAUGAUACUAGUCUUACUCGCGGGAGUCGUCUUUAGCAUUUCAUCGCAGCCGGACUACACCAGUGGUGAGAAGAUGCGCGGAUUCCAGCUUGUGUCUUCCGGCUGAUCUCCGUGGAGUGCUUUUUUUCUAUGCACUGUGUUGAACUUAGCCCCCUCCCCCCUCUCCCCACGUAGGAGGAACCAACUCCAUGCACUGUGUUGAGUUUCUGCCGUAUCCAUGUAUUGAUGUAGAUCAUGAUCUUGUAUUCACUUUGUUUCCGGCAUGUCUUGUUUCCGGCAUAUUUUCUGUCAUCAUUGAACACGCAUGCAGCGCAUCAUGAGAUUUUAUUCAGGCCUAGCUCUUCUGCACACAUCACGCCUGCACACAACAACCCCCAAGCUAUGCUAUUAUUCUCGCAUCAGCCGCCUAUAAACACGUCAUGGCCGUGCUAUGCGCGUGUAUGGUGUUAACUUAUCACUGUUCAAACAUAAGUAUCCACCUCCGACACGGAGUACAUUUUCUUCAUCAUGCGCACCGCAAGCUCCGCACUAUUUUUUUUAUACUUGUUCAAUACUCCUCCACCCCAAGCUUAUAACCGAGACCGUGCUUAUACUUUUUCAACUCAUUACCUCUUGCCCAGACUAACACUUCACAUGGUGUUAGCUCAGAAAUCAAAUUUCCCAUGCUAUGGCUUGCUAGAUUAGGUGAUUCUUCCUAUCUGUUCAAGGACUGAAAUAAUUGUCUGCAAACCAGUUUAA